GUAAUGGCGACACAAGACCCAAUUAAACAUGCCAGCAAAACAACACCGAGGGGGAGUGAACUUAUGGACAGCAGUCAUAUUUUGAAGCAAUAUUAUUAAAAUUCCAUCUAAUUGUCUGCAAUUUCGGUCCAGCAAAAAGCUGUCUGGUACCUUCACAGGUAUUCAGUAGAUGUCCACUCCUUCAGAGAUAUCUGGUGGUAUGUCACAUCCAGGCCCUUCUCCUGGGGCGGGAAUGUCCCCAGGGCCCAUCUUGGGCCCCAGCCCUGGACCAGAUCCUUCACCGAGCUCUGUUCACAGCAUGAUGGGACCCAGCCCUGGACCUGGAACACCCAGUGCACCUCAUGGCAUGCAGAGCCAGGGACAAAGUGAUUACUCUCAGGACAGCAUGUAUUCUAUGCACAAGCCCAUGGAGGGGAUGAAUGACAAGUCAAUGGCCGAGGCGAUACACUUUGGUCACAUGAAAGGUGUGGGGAUGAGGUCUCUCCAUAGUGGCAUGGGCCCUCCACAGAGUCCUAUGGACCAGCACAGCCAAGGAUACAUGUCUCCCCACCCAUCCCCCAUGGGAGUCCAUGAGCAUGCUUCAAGUCCCAUGUCAGGGGGUGGAGGUGGCCCUACACCACCCCACAUGCCCCCUGCCCAGUCAGGCCCAAUGAUGUCAAUGGAUCCCCAAGGAGGUAUGCCCAACAUGUCCAACAUGGCCCAGCAGGCGAGGGGAUCUUCUGCUUUUAGUCCAGUACAGCUGCAGCAGCUCAGAGCUCAGAUUCUGGCCUACAAGAUUCUGGGCCGUGGGCAACCGCUGCCAGAAAACCUUCAGCUGGCUGUGCAAGGCAAAAGGAGCCUACCUACAAUGCAACAGCAGCAGCAGCCGCAACAACAGCAACCGCAACAACAGCAGCCGCAGCAGGCGCCUAGUGCUAGUCCUUACAACAGGCCUCCAGGUAUGCAAAUGGCACCUAUGGGGGGCCCCCAGUCAAGUCCCUGCCCCGCCCCAACCAUGCAAGUACACAAUCAAAGCACAGGACCCAAACCUUGGACUGAUGGUCAGUGUCCUGAAAAUCAAGCCAUUGCACAGAAGCAGCUCACCCCUGUUGCUAGUGGUCGCCCGUCCCCUGCACCACCUCAGGCCUCUGCCGUGCCAGCUGGGCCCAUGCCAGGCAGUUCAGGGACCCCUCAGCCUCCUGGGCAGCAGGUGUCCGUCAUGCUCCCAAUGCAGCACAAGCAGAACCGUAUCACGCCUGUCCAGAAGCCUCAGGGCUUGGACCCAGUGGGAAUCCUGCAGGAGAGAGAAUACAGACUGCAGGCUCGGAUUGCGCAUCGAAUCCAGGAACUGGAAAGUCUGCCAGGUUCCCUACCUCCUGACCUCAGGACGAAAGCCACAGUGGAGCUCAAGGCUCUGCGUCUACUCAACUUCCAGCGACAGCUGAGGCAGGAUGUGGUGGCCUGUAUGAGGCGAGACACCACCCUGGAGACGGCCCUGAACUCGAAGGCUUACAGGCGCAGUAAGCGGCAGACGCUGAGGGAGGCACGCAUGACCGAGAAGCUGGAGAAGCAGCAGAAGCUCGAGCAGGAAAAGAAGCGCAGACAGAAACAUCAGGAAUAUCUCAACAGCAUCCUCCAGCAUGCCAAGGACUUCAAAGAGUACCACCGCUCAGUGUCUGGAAAAAUCCAGAAGCUCACCAGAGCCAUCGCCACCUGGCACACCAACACAGAGCGCGAGCAGAAGAAGGAGACGGAGAGAAUCGAGAAGGAGAGGAUGAGGAGACUCAUGGCAGAAGAUGAGGAAGGCUACCGAAAACUAAUUGAUCAAAAGAAAGACAAGCGUCUGGCCUACUUGCUGCAGCAGACGGAUGAAUAUGUGGCCAACCUUACCACCCUGGUGUAUGAACACAAAGCUGCUCAGGCUGCCAAGGAGAAGAAGAGGAGAAGAAAGAGAAAGAAGAAGGUGGAUGGAGAUGGUGAAGGGACCAGUGCAAUUGGACCUGAUGGAGAGCCCAUGGAUGAAAGCAGCCAGAUGAGUGAGCUGCCUGUCAAAGUGAUUCAGACAGAGACCGGGAAAGUUCUGCAGGGGACGGACGCCCCGAAAUCCAGCCAGCUGGAGGCUUGGCUCGAGAUGAACCCUGGGUAUGAAGUCGCCCCGCGGUCAGACAGCGAGGAGAGCGGCUCAGAGUUUGAAGAGGAGGAGGAAGACGAGGCGGCCAAAGCCGAAACGGAGAAGAAGAUAAUCAAUCCCAGUGGAGAUGAAGCUGCUGCCAAGCACAUCAUUGAGUCAGCCAAGCAGGAUGUGGAUGAUGAGUACAGUGUUCCUACUGGCCAAACCAGCUCCCAGUCUUACUACGGCGUGGCCCACGCUGUCAUUGAGAGGGUGGAGAAGCAGUCGUCACUGCUAAUCAAUGGCAUGCUCAAACAGUACCAGAUCCAGGGGCUCGAGUGGAUGGUGUCCCUCUACAACAACAAUCUCAAUGGCAUCUUGGCUGAUGAAAUGGGGCUCGGCAAAACCAUCCAAACCAUUGCCCUUAUCACCUACCUGAUGGAGCACAAGAGGCUCAACGGUCCCUAUCUCAUCAUCGUUCCUCUCUCGACCCUGUCCAACUGGGUGUAUGAACUUGAUAAAUGGGCGCCCUCUGUGGUCAAAAUUGCUUACAAGGGCACCCCUGCUCUGCGGCGUGGGCUCGUGCCUCAGCUCCGCAGCGGGAAGUUCAAUGUCUUGCUGACCACCUAUGAAUACAUCAUCAAGGACAAGCACAUACUGGCUAAGAUUCGCUGGAAGUACAUGAUUGUUGACGAGGGUCACCGCAUGAAGAACCACCACUGUAAACUGACGCAGGUGUUGAACACCCACUACGUGGCUCCCCGUCGGCUGCUCCUCACCGGGACUCCCCUGCAGAACAAGCUGCCCGAGCUGUGGGCUCUGCUCAACUUCCUGCUGCCCACCAUCUUCAAGUGCUGCAGCACCUUCGAGCAGUGGUUCAACGCACCGUUCGCCAUGACAGGAGAGAGGGUUGACCUAAAUGAAGAGGAAACCAUCUUGAUCAUCCGCCGUCUGCACAAAGUGCUCCGCCCUUUUCUCCUGCGCAGACUGAAGAAGGAGGUGGAGUCUCAGCUGCCAGAGAAGGUGGAGUAUGUCAUAAAAUGCGACAUGUCGGCCAUACAGAAGGUUCUGUACCGCCACAUGCAGAAAGGCAUCCUCCUCACCGACGGCUCAGAGAAAGACAAGAAGGGCAAAGGUGGAGCAAAGACCCUAAUGAACACCAUCAUGCAGCUGAAGAAGAUCUGCAACCAUCCGUACAUGUUCCAGCACAUUGAAGAGUCUUUUGCUGAGCACUUGGGCUAUCCUAACGGCAUCAUCAGUGGGCCUGAUCUGUACAGAGCGUCUGGGAAGUUUGAGCUCUUAGAUCGCAUCCUGCCGAAGCUCCAGGCCACCAACCACAGAGUCCUGCUGUUCUGCCAGAUGACCACGCUCAUGACAAUCAUGGAGGACUAUUUCAGCUACCGCAACUUUCUGUAUUUACGUCUUGAUGGAACCACCAAGUCCGAGGACCGAGCAGCACUGCUGAAGAAAUUCAAUGAGGAAGGCUCUCAGUACUUCAUCUUCCUCCUCAGCACCAGAGCCGGUGGCCUCGGCCUCAACCUGCAGGCUGCCGACACCGUCGUCAUCUUUGACAGUGACUGGAACCCUCACCAGGACCUUCAGGCUCAGGACCGAGCUCACCGCAUUGGUCAGCAGAACGAAGUGCGCGUGCUUCGUCUCUGCACUGUCAACAGCGUCGAAGAGAAAAUCUUGGCAGCUGCCAAAUACAAACUGAACGUGGAUCAGAAGGUCAUCCAGGCCGGCAUGUUUGACCAGAAGUCCUCGAGCCACGAGCGCCGCGCCUUUCUACAGGCCAUCUUAGAGCACGAGGAGCAGAAUGAGGAGGAAGAUGAGGUGCCUGAUGAUGAAACUCUUAACCAGAUGAUAGCGCGCAAUGAAGAUGAAUUUGAGCUCUUCAUGCGUAUGGACAUGGACCGUCGCAGGGAGGAUGCCAGGAACCCAAAGCGUAAGCCUCGCCUGAUGGAGGAGGAUGAGCUGCCUUCUUGGAUCAUCAAAGAUGACGCUGAAGUGGAGCGCCUCACCUACGAAGAGGAGGAGGAGAAGAUGUUUGGUCGAGGAUCUCGCUGUCGUCGGGACGUCGACUACAGUGACACGCUCACCGAGAAACAAUGGCUUCGGGCUAUUGAAGAUGGAAACCUGGAAGAGAUGGAGGAGGAGAUCCGACUGAAAAAGCGCAAACGCAAAAGACGUCAGGACAAGGACUUCGGCAGAGAGGACGGAGGCACAAAGGCCAAGAAGAGACGUGGACGUCCACCAGCAGAGAAGCUCUCCCCCAACCCGCCCAGACUCACCAAGCAAAUGAACACCAUCAUUGACACAGUGAUCAACUACAGAGAUGGGUCUGGAAGACAGUUAAGCGAGGUGUUUGUCCAGCUUCCAUCCAGGAAGGAACUCCCAGAAUAUUACGAGCUGAUCCGAAAGCCUGUGGACUUCAAAAAGAUCAAGGAACGUGUGAGAAACCAUAAAUACAGGAAUGUGGGGGAUCUGGAGAAGGACGUGAUGCUGCUCUGUCAAAACGCACAGACCUUCAACCUGGAGGGGUCCCAGAUAUACGAGGACUCCAUCGUUCUUCAGUCUGUCUUCAAGAGUGCCAGACAGAAGAUUGCCAAGGACGAUGACAGUGAUGAUGACAGUGACGAGGAUGAUGAUGACGACGAUGACUCGGAGGCCGAGGCCAAGUCAGUGCGCGUUAAGAUCAAGCUGAGCAGGGAGGCACGCAGCCACGACAAAGGCAAGAAGAGGCAAAGCCGAGGGAAGGCCAAGCCGGUGGUCAGUGACGACGACAGCGACGAGGACCAGGAUGAAAAUGAUCAGUCAGACAAGAGCAAAAGUGAUGAUGAGUGACGAAGGAGAAGCAAGGACGUGAGGAUAUUGUUUACAGCACUUACAAACAAAAGGAAAAUAUCUUCCAUGGCUGUUGUUCAGGUUCAUAUUCCUUAAACUUUGCUCCAUUUGUCUUCUGGGUCUGUCUGUAGUGCGUAUUCUCAUCUCCUCUCCCACCAGCUUGGAAAUGUAUUACUAACAAUUGAUAACAUACAGCAAUACCAAUCAGCUUAUAUUUCUCUUUUUAAGACAAUUUUGUAGUAUAUUUUUUAACUAUGUGCUUUAACAAAACACAAACAAAAAAUGUGUAGAAAAAAGAAAAAAAAUUGGACAUCCUAUUUGUGUUUUUGCUUCAUUUGUAAUCGCUUGCUUGCACUUUUAAAAAACUCAGUAUCCACAUUUUUAAAAAAGUGGAAUGAAACAAAAUGUGUAUCACCAAUGAAAUCGAAGAUAAUUUGGAUAAAUGGCAAUCAAUUUAUUUUUUUUUUGGUUUCAUUGUUUUAACGUGUGCUGUGCCAAAUGUAGACAAACUGGCUGUUAGCUUCACCCCGCCCACAAACAGCGUCUGUCCAAUCAUAGCUGGGCUUUUUUAAAACUUCUAAUAAAUGAAAUUAGCUAAAAGAUUUAGCAUUUAUCUGCCCUACAGAUGAUUAGGGGUCUUAGGGGUUACUUUAAAGACCAGCAAGCUCAUUGGUAAGUGGCUUAAAGUAGGCUGAGAACCUGCUGAUGACUAGGCCUCGUUAUUCUGUGAGUGGACACGUGUCACGUGUUUAACACUCCAGCCACGCCUCAUGCAGCACCGGCUAAACAGGCGCCAAGUGUUGAAGCUGAAAGAUGCUGUAACUGAAGAGUGAAGUCACACUGUUGGAAGCUGCGUUUCAUUAGAUGCAGAUUACAGUCUGAGCAGUCGUGUCACAGAUGUAGUGAGUCCUUUGCUCUUUGCCAGCACUUUGUGUCAAAUAAAGUGUGUGACUGCCUCAUGUUUUCAUUUGAACACCUUAUUUUAAGGGACUUUCAGGACAAAAAAAUGUCAGGUGUUCUCCUCAAAGCAGGUCUUUGUAAUCUGUUUUCACUUGAUUAUGAAGCAAAAACAAAAAAGGAGAGCCUCAAACGUCAUAGAUGUAAAAUAAAUGCAUAAUUAUUUGUUGUAAAGUAGAUGAUUUUAUCCUGUGCAUCAUAGAAGAAUCCAGUUAAAAUCCCGUUCGCGGUUGAGACUGGAGAUGGAGAAGUUUCAGGCAGGAAGUCCUAACUUAACGUUGCUGUGUGUUUGUGAAGUAAAGCUUCAGCUUCUUUCACCCACCUCGAACGCCCCAGUAAAGACUUCAAUCCUAAAGCAGGAGCACUUCUGCAGGACCCAAAACAUCUCGAUGAGAGCUGGUGAUUUUAUCUCGCAGAGCAGCUGCAGCCCCGAAGCAGCUCGCGCCCACCUUUACCUGUUCAGGGCGAGCCUGUGCAGUCUCUUCAGGAGUGGCUGAAUCUUCUGCUACUUCUGGCUUUUCCAGCUUCUCAGAAACUCCAGCCACUAACGGUACUUUAAUCCAGCGUCUCCCUCAGGGUGCACAGCAGUCGGCGGAGGUGCACUUUUGUCCCGUAUCAGGGAUUUCCUAGAACUCAAUUUUGCUUCACCCUCUUUAUCUAUACUUGUCAAGCUGACUCUCACAUGCACAUAUUCCUCACUGAUAUCCGUUUUAUUACCAUCAGUAACAGCGGGUUCUAUAUAAAGACUCUAAAUUGGAUAUGUCAGCUCAGUCUGUCUUGCCUGCAGCAGUGGCGGGCUCAGCGAGUCGCACAGUGUUACCACUCCGACCUCACAGAAAGCUGUCUUUGUGCAGCCUUUCUUACACAGUUGGCAAAAACAUUUCAAUGUCGAGCAUCAAAUGUAACCCCCACCUCAAUAUUUGUAUUUUUUUAAUGUAGCAACAGGAUGUGAUGUAAGACAAAAAGAUUACAUCAAAAUAAGAUGCAGAAAAAGAAACCUUUUAUUUUGUCAUCAUGCAGCUAAUUGUGCAGAGCUCCAUCUGCUGCAGCUCAGCUUUAACAUCGAGGCGUUCGGCCGCUCUGGGUCAGAUUCUGUCGUGUUCCAUCUAAAAAACACACAAGGCUGCAUCUCUGCUUUCCUCCGCAUCCCUCUGUGCUCACUGUCACUCCCACCUCGGAGCGUCAGCUCCGACUCUCCCAGAGCAGCAUGCUGGCUGCUGUCUUCCGCCUCCUCCUCUCCUCCAUCUCUCUCUUUAUUAGUUACAGCUGUCUCCCCUCAGCCCUCUCUUUCUUUCACCUGCCGCAGCAACUGUGGCCCAAACUUGGAAAUAUGAGAAACAAGUUUAAUGGUCAGAUGGUAACACUGGUCGGACCUUUUGUUGUACUAACGUGUGUUUGCUGAGGUUUGUAGGUUCUCUUUAAUUAUUACCUUUGGUCCAAAAUGUCCUCAGGAUGAAUCUUUUUGAAUCUCUUAUCUUUUUGGUGUUGAUCAGGGUUGAGAGAGUUACAGAAUUAACAUGAAUGCUUUCCAUUUGUACGACCAGCGAUGGAAGUCUUUGUAGCCCUGUGAGGGAUGUGAGGGGUUCCCCGAGCACUCGCGUUUUGCUGCUCACGCUGUUUGGCACCAUCAUCAAUUUACAACAGCCAUUCACUGUUAAGUACCCAGGGCUGCAGGGCAGAACAGACUCUGCUGUUCCCCACUUCACUUGGGUGAAGGUGCACGUGGGGACAGUGGGCUACACAGCAGUCCAGAAGAAGAAAAUAAAUGGCUGUAUGAAGGCUCUGUAAGGAGAAGCUGACAUAUAAGCACUCAGAGACCAAUCAGAGCAGUUUUACUGCUGUUUACACCCUAAUCAUAGCCACACUCUGAGUGACGAUUAGAAUAGUUUAGUGUGUUUAACAAUUAGAAAAUUAGUAGACUCUGCCUAACUUCUUCCAGUGAUUCUCCAUGGAGAGCCUUUAAUACUUCAUCAGUUUGGCUGUGUUAGCUUCUGAAGCCACAGUGUUCUAGAGGCACAAAGUGCACAGGUGUAUUCCUCACUCACCUUUAUCAACCUUUACGUUCUAGAUAUUCCCAAACAGUUUAGUUAGUUUAGUACCGACAGUUUUUCACAGCUCACUGAGCUCAGCACCUGGUUCGAGAGUAGAGGCUGCCCUGGAGUGGCCUCGGUUCUAAACACCCCGGGGUAUUAUAAUACUGUGAUAUCGCAGGUCUAAUGUACAGAGACUCCAUGUCCAGCUCCACCCUGUUAUUGCUAAAAAAGGCAAAAAAAAAAAAACACUUUACAUGCUUGCUUAUCAUUUUUGUUUUGAAUAGUUGAGAGUGGAGUUCUUUUUUAAAUAUAUGCCUGAAAGAAACCUCAGCUUUCAACAUUUUCUCCUCAUUUUGAAGCUUUACAGGCGCAGUAACUGUAACAGGAGGGGGCGGGGCUUAGCAAACAGUCAAUAAUGAGACAUGAUUGUGAAAGCACAGGCAGAUAUAUCUAAAAAUGUAUGUCUAUAAGCUGACAAAUUAACUUGACAGCCAUAAAUGUUGAAUGCUUUUUUAACUGCUUUGAGUAAGAGAAAUAUAAUCGCACAUCAUUUAGGGAAGUCCAUGUGUUUCACGUACUCUUCCUUCUGAUGUUUUCAAGCCUUUCUGUAUCAGUGUUGUUGCAUUAAGUUUCUUGUUCGAGUUAUUUUUGAGGAAGAAACGGGCCUUCGGCCGGUGUCUCGUUUCAGAUUCACGGGGGGACCUCAGAAAACUGUCAUAGCAGUAAAUGUCGUGUCUGAAUUUGUGACAGUUGUGUUGCAAAAGCAUCAGAAAAAUAAGUGUAACGAGCCGAGUCUCUGGUUACGAGAUUAAAAAUCAUGAUUUGAAUGACAUAUUUGAAACAGUGUGCUGAUUUAUUCAUUUGAAUCGAGGUGUUUGUGUUCCUUGUGAAUUAGUUCUAAGCCCUCAUUUUCUUUGUGUUAUUUGUAGCAUGAACCCUUUUGGCAGUAUACCUACCGUGCACAUGCAGAUAUAUCAUUUUUGUGUAAUAUGUGCUUGCCGACUCUCCGUAAGUGUGACUUAAUCUUUGCUUUCUUUGCACAGUGUCUUUGUGGUUGUAUCUCAUAGCCCAGGGCAAAUAAACAUCACUGAUUUCCAACACAAAAA